AUGUGGGAAAGGCUGCGUUAUGCGGUACUUGUGGUCACUUGCGUUGCCUUUGGCUUUGCAAACUGCCAAAAUUUCAACGUGCUUAGUUUUGGAGCUAAGGGUGAUGGUGUAACCGAUGAUUCUGAGGCGUUUUUGAAAGCAUGGAACGCUGCGUGCGGUGGCGGCGGUAACGAGCAAACCCUCCUAAUACCUUCGGACAAUACAUUCUUACUUCAACCACUUGUGUUCCAAGGCCCUUGCAGAUCUCCGUACAUGCAAGUCCAGUUCAGUGGUAACAUCGUUGCUCCGAAUGACAAAGGGGAAUGGUCGUCAUGUUCAUCCAAUAGGUGGAUAGGUUUCUCUUGGGUGUCCGGACUCACCGUCGUUGGAUCUAAAACCAGGAGGAUCGACGGUCGUGGUUCCUCCUUCUGGAACAACCCUAACCAGGGGAAUUUAGGAGGAUGCGAUUGGCCUACGUCAUUGCAUUUUCAAUCGUGUAACAACCUGAAUAUAAGCGGAAUGACAUCGGCCAACAGUCCAAGAAAUCAUAUAUCCAUAAGUGGGUGCGAGCAGGUGACGAUAUCGGAUGUAAACCUGCUUGCGCCGGAGGACAGUCCAAACACUGAUGGCAUCGAUAUCUCUGCGUCAUCUUAUAUCAACAUCGUCAACUCUUACAUCGGAACUGGGGAUGAUUGCAUUGCUAUAAAUACUGGAUGUGCCAAUAUCAAUAUUACAGGAGUGAAUUGCGGCCCUGGUCAUGGAAUAAGCGUGGGAAGCCUGGGAGCCAAAGGAUUCAAAGAGACCGUAGAAAAUGUUCAGGUAGUGGAUUGUACCUUCAACAGGACCACCAAUGGAGCUAGGAUCAAGACUUGGCCGGGGGGACAAGGAUAUGCGAGGAACAUUCAUUUCAAGCGCAUAACAGUAAUAAAUGCAAGAAAUCCAAUUAUUAUUGACCAAUAUUAUACCAAUGAUAACCAAAGUGGACAGGCUUCUGAAGGGAAUUCAGCAGUAGCAAUAAGCCAUGUGAAGUUCAUAGAUUUUGAAGGAACGACGUCGGAUGAAGAAGCUAUAAAAUUUAACUGCAGUAAAAUCACUCGUUGCAGUGAUAUCACGGUGGAAAAAGUCCAAAUUACUACAGCUGAUGGGAAACUACCCACAGCCACGUGUCAAAACGUGAAUGGAACAAGUCUAGGCAGUGUUCCUCUUGUCCCUUGUCUAUCCGAAUUAUAAAUUGAAUUAAAUUUUUUGACACUUCAUCAAAUAAAUAGAUAGAUAAUUCCCGAUU